AGGUCGGGGCUCCGGGAGAACCUGAGCAGGCUCCCAGAAGCCUCCGGGGCGCUCGCCGGGAACGCACUUCCUGGGACGCGGAGGGAGAUUCUGAGCGAGGCUCUCCGGUGUGGGCGAGGGGGCGCCUUGGAUGUGAGACGCAGGCCAAGAUCAUUUCUAUUCUUUGUUCAGAUGUGAGUAUAUCUCUUCUAAAUAGAUUAAAGUUGUUUAAGAACUCUCAAGUACCUUAAAGAUCUGGUCGACAGGACUGCGCACGCCUACGCCUGCCUGCCAUGGGCUGUCGGGACGUCCACGCAGCCACGGUGCUCUCCUUCCUGUGUGGCAUCGCCUCGGUCGCAGGCCUCUUCGCGGGGACUCUGCUUCCCAACUGGAGGAAAUUGCGACUGAUCACCUUCAACAGAAACGAGAAGAACCUGACUGUCUACACAGGCCUGUGGGUGAAGUGUGCCCGGUACGACGGGAGCAGUGACUGCCUGAUGUACGACACGACUUGGUACUCUUCAGUUGACCAGCUGGACCUGCGGGUCCUCCAGUUUGCCCUGCCCCUCAGCAUCCUGAUCGCCAUGGGUGCCCUGCUGCUCUGCCUGAUUGGAAUGUGUAACACGGCUUUCAGGCCCUCCGUGCCCAACAUCAAGCUGGCCAAGUGUCUGGUCAAUAGCGCAGGCUGCCACCUGGUGGCCGGGCUGCUGUUUUUCCUGGCAGGUACCGUGAGCCUCUCCCCAUCCAUCUGGGUCUUCUUUUACAACACCCAUCUGAACAGGAAGUUCGAGCCAGUCUUUACAUUUGACUAUGCAGUGUAUGUCACAAUCGCUAGUGCCGGGGGCCUGUUUAUGACUUCCCUUCUACUGUUUAUUUGGUAUUGUGCAUGCAAAUCUUUGCCUUCUCCUUUCUGGCAACCACUGUACUCCCAUCCUCCCAGUAUGCACACUUACUCACAGCCCUAUUCAGCACGCUCCCGCCUCUCUGCCAUUGAAAUCGACAUUCCAGUAGUUUCACACAACACCUAAUGGCGAGAUACUAGUUGUUAAAGAAAACUUUUAGCCUCACAUUUCCCUUGUACAAGGAGCUGUUUUGGACCAAUAUACAUUUUCCUUUGUUUCUGACCAGUCUAUGAAACCAAAUUUGUAUGUCCUAGUAGAAUGAAGUGCUGCUAGUUUUACGAAAAGUACACUAUUUUAAAUGUGAAUCGUUCUUUUAUCUUGCUCCUUAUGCUAGGAGGAUUUUUAUCCUCUAUAUUGAUAUCUGGUCAGUAAUUCAAGUGGAAAGGACCCAUGUCUCAAUUGAGGUAAUUUAGAGCAACAUGGCAGUGUAAAAAAUGAUGGCUAAGAGAAGCUGUUGUAUGUGAUCUUUACAAAUAUUUCAGAAUGUGUCUUCUUGUCCUGUUUCUAUAAUACCUUAAGCCAGUA